GCCGUUCGACCCGGGAUCACUCCCAAGGCUUCGUCACGGACCCCCACGCCUGCCUACUCGUCAGGGCAUCGUUUCUACCCUGACGGCGAGACAGUUCCGACGGAUGCCGAAGUCAGCAAAAUUGCUAAUAGUAUCAAGGGUUUCUUUCCCAUUAAAGACCUUGGUGAACCUGCCGUUUUCCUAGGCUGCGCGCUUAGUCGGGACUACGCCAAUGGCACUAUCACCAUGAGCCAGACAGCUUACGUGCAUGAAAUUUUGAAGAAGGCAGACAUCGGCAGCGACAUGCCAGGGGUUGAUACCCCGAUCCUGCCGUCCUGGAAAGGCCAAGAUGGCGAGGAAGAUGAAAUGCUAGACGAUGAGCAUUUAAACCGUUUUCUCUCCGUUAUUGGAUCGAUGAAUUGGCUGGCUGUCAAAACUCGACCCGAUAUCAGAUACACCACUACCCGCUUACAGCACCGCUCCGCGAAGCCCACCAAUGCCGAUUACGACGCUAUGAUACACCUCGGUCGCUACCUUAAGAAGCACGACAAUCUAGGAAUUAUGCGUCGCACGCCGACUGGCAAGACCGGAAGUCCACCGAAGGAAGCAUUUGCAUCAUCUACUAUUGCGGCUGAAUGGUGUGCUCUAGAUCAACCAGCCAAAGACGCCAAGUGGCUUGCUAAGAUAGCAUCCCAGCUUGGUCUCCCGAGAUACCAGGACCCCAUUACCAUUUUCACUGACAACAUCAACACCCAGCUACUUUUGGCAAAGAAAGGGUGCAAGAACAGCACCAGAUGGCUUGAAAUACGCUGGUUUUUCGUCAAGAUUGCUGUGGCAAGAGGUCAUAUCGACGUCAAGCGAGCUGACACGAAGCGCAACCCAGCUGACGGCUUCACCAAAGCACUUGACCCCAUUGCAUUCAAGAGAUUCCUAGAGAUGCUAGGAAUGAAGGCCAUAAAGUGA